AUGCCUCAAUAUAACGCCCCAACCACAGCUGAAGAGGUGGCAAAUGAUUGCCGUGCAUCCAUUGCCAACAAAACUAUCCUUGUGACCGGUGUUACUCUUGGAAGUCUUGGUGCCGGCUUCGCGACAGCGAUUGCAAAUUACGCACCGUCCCUUAUCAUUCUCGCCGCGCGUGAUGUAACGAAAGCUCAGCAAACAGCGACGGAGAUCUCGAUUAUCAACCCUUCCGUGAAGACCCGUAUCCUGCACCUGGAUCUAGGCUCCCAAGUCCAAAUCCGAGAGGCAGCAAAAGAGGUUCUCGAAUAUGAGGAACAUAUAGAUGUACUGGUUAAUAAUGCAGGGGUAAUGGCACCACCUUUCUCACUGACUCAAGAUGGCGUGGAAAGCCAAUUCGGCAUCAACCACAUCGGCCAUUUUCUCUUCACGAACUUGAUUAUGAGCAAGUUGGUAACACCGGGAAAAUCCUCACGGGUUGUCAAUAUCUCCAGUGAUGGUCACCGGCUAGGGCCUAUUCGUUUUGAUGACUGGAACUUUGACGACGGUAAUACGUAUGAUCCUUGGCUGGCUUAUGGCCAAUCAAAGACAGCGAACAUGCUGUUUUCUGUAUCGCUUGCGCAGAAGCUUGGUACCAAAGGCCUCAUAUCGGUUAGCCUACAUCCUGGUGUUGUGAGUACACAGAUUCUGAGGCAUGAUGUUGACGAGUCGGUUAAGGCACUAGAUGAAACUGCCAUUUGCUAUUAUUACAUUAGGUAUGAGUCGGUCGCGGCAAACCUGACAGAAAUUAUAUCAGAAUUCGCGUCGAGUCGUUUACAAAAAGCCCUCUCAGAAGCCUACCGAACCAUCCGAAGAUUGCGACCUAUUGUGGAAAGAGAUCGCAGAGAUGGCUCGGGAGCUUGUUAUAGAGAAUUGAAGCAGCAUCUCUCACCAGGGACCUUCAAGGCCACAUCGGGCCUAUAA